CGACACCAAGAAUAUUUUAUAAUGUAUAAUUUCAAGAAAUACUUGAGUUAUAUAGAAAGGUUGAUUAGAGAAAGGAAAAAAGAAAUUAAUGGAAAAGGUUGUUAAUAAAAAAAGAAAAAUAAAUAAAAAAGAAAGAACGAUUACAAUAAUACCCGAAUGUACCAUAUAAAUUGCGUUAACUUUUCGUAUGUAAUUAAAUAAGACCUUGACUUGUUUCCACCUUUUCCAUCUUUUCCGAAUUUGCCCUUCUUUUUUUUAAAGCUCCGUGUUGGGAAGAAACUGAAGAGCAUCUACUAUUCUGUUCCAUUCAAUAUUCACAAUCUUUAAAUGCUACAGACUCAACACUCAACAAUGGUGCACCAAAGGAUUUCCAGCGCUUGGAGAUUAGGGUUGUCAAAACGACAUCACUCAGCGGCAUGAAAGAGAGGAUAUGAAGAAACAAUUUUACCUGCUACCGCACAGAACUGUUCUGGAACCCAAAGGAAUCGCAACUAGAGAUGGAUGACGGUCAACGAAGGCAGCGGAGCACGGCCAGUGGAGGCGACGGCGGAAAUCAGCGGCGCUGACGAGAAGCAACGCCGACGGCCAACGACGGCGUUGUUCCCAUGUUGCACCUCUUCUUCUUCACAGAUAGAACACUCGAAGCCUCUGCCCGCGUCACAGCCCACGCCGCCGCUGACCUACCACAGCCCAUGUCGCCGAUCAGAUCUGUCUUCUUCUUCUCUUUUCUCCUCCACCUCUCCUUCUCUUUUCUUUCCGAUGAAGCUGGGGAGAUGAAGAAAACUAUCGCCAAUAACCUGCUGCAAAGGAGAUCAGGUGAUGCUUUUAUUUGUUUAAUCCAUGAUCGACUUCGCCAAAUCCAUGCUAAAGGAGAUGCAGGGGAAGAAGAUCCGGGCCGUAUCGAGGGAAAAGGUCAUUCUUUCCGUCAAUAAUAAAAAAAAAAGCAGAGAAAUAAGGAUUGUAAAACUCAACCAAAACGUAAGAACCCCAGUUGCAACAACAUAAGAAAUUCAAUUUUUUUAAUGUUUCUGUGUUGUUGUAAUUUCCUAUUUCAUUUGUAUUGUAAGUGAGUUUUUGCUACAAGUGAGUGUUACUCCAUGUUUUGUUUUGUUUUUUGAGAGUAGAAGAGUGCUAUGUUAUGUUCUAUGUUUAUGACAUUGUUAUAAAUGUUUGGUUUCACUUUCA